CUUCAAUGCUAUCAUCUUUGCAACGAAAAUGAAAUUUUAAACGUUGUUGACAUGUUGUGGUUGUUUUCCUCCUAAAGAAUGUUUGUUGACGUUGCGAUAGAAGUACCGGGGAAUAUUCUAUGAAUUGACAAGAAACAUAUGACAUUGCAUAUACAGGAAGGAGGAGCAAUAACUCAAAGAUAGACCACACCAAGCAGGCGCAGUGACAAAAAUGGAAUAAGGAGCCAGUUUACCAACAUUACCACGUUAGCUGGUGACAAUUUCACCUUACUCAUAAGAAACAUAUGACAUUGCAUAUACAGGAAGGAGGAGCAAUAACUCAAAGAUAGACCACACCAAGCAGGCGCAGUGACAAAAAUGGAAUAAGGAGCCAGUUUACCAACAUUACCACGUUAGCUGGUGACAAUUUCACCUUACUCAUAAGAUAUUUCUGGCAGGCUUUGGUUCUUGUAUUCUUAACUGCUAUACAAAAGCACGAAUGAUUCACACCAGACAGGCUCCAAAUGGAGAGCCAAAAACACAAAGAAAGAAUCUUAGGAAAGCAAGGGUUCAUACAGGGACCUCAGUGCCUAAAGAGCAGAAUAUGAAUCAUAUGGAUGGAAUAAGCUAUUUAAUGAAUGGCACUAAAGUCAAGAUUUCUGUAUCACCAAGGGAGAUGUGGAAGAAGCAUUUGGAAGACAGUUCAGUCACAGAAAAUUUCAUCCCAGAUACAACUAGAGUUGAGGAAACAGCACACUGUUCAGAGAAAUUUCUUGAGAUGUCAAAUUCUGGUCAGUAUCUUUUGGCACAUAUGAGGGAGACUUCAAGAAUUUCCCCUGGAUCAGAUGGUUCAUCCUCUUUAUCAGAUAAUAGUCAUCAGCUCAAAAGCAGUUGCAAGAGAGGUCAACUUUCAAAUUCAAAUAAUGAGGAACAAACAAAUUCAAAGAAUGCAAUUGAUUACAAUGUUGAUACGGACAUACACUUAAGGAAGAAAAAGAAACCACGAACAAGUGGCAGAAAACCACAAAUAUAUGAUGACGCACUUGACAUAAGCGAACACCAUACUCAGACAAGAAGAGAAGGAGAGAUGAGUAAUAGCAUGGAAUCAUCAGAUACUAGUUUUUCCAAAAAUAAAACACCAGAACAUAAACUCAAGAAGAAGAAAUAUGCAGUAAUAAAGCAGGAUUUAUUUGAUAUAACAUCACCUACUGUUUUACAUCAGACGAAGCAACUUAUGAAAGAUACUUGGAAGAAAACUGGUAAUCUUAAUGUAGAUCCAGAAAUCACCAAGAGUUGUGACCAACCAAAAAUAUUUGAAUCAAGAUCAAGUGCAGACUCUAUUUUGAAUGUGAGACCAAAAAAUGCAUUGAGGAAGAAGGUGCCAAGGCCUCAUGGGAAAAAUCCUUAUGAAUCUCUGAUGGGUACCAGCAAUAACGUUGAUCCUAUAGCUGAAUUAGAAAAUAAAACUGGAAAUGUUUCUUCAGGAUCAGCUAGUAGCAUUGCUCCAGUACCUAAAAAUGUCAGAUACAAUUUUAAGCAGAUACAUCUGAAGCGUUGUAUGUUUGAUUCAGUAGUUGAGAAUCCUGUUGCUGAGGAUUCUGUUCGGAACAUGCAGGCGAAUGUAGAUGACCCAUGUACCAGUGAGCAACAGAAUAAAGAUAUUUCUGCUGAAAUGGAUGUUCGAAAAGCUCCUGCAUUUGCCAAAAUAGUUGGCAAAAGAAACAAAAAACAUUUUCAGCCCAAUUACUCUGAAUCAGUUGUUGGAAAUAAUGAUGGCAGUGCUGAGCAUGAGAAGCAGAACAAUGAUAUUGCCUUGGCUGAGAAUUAUGCUGAAAAUACAUUGGCAGCUAGUAUUUCUGCAGAAAUGGAUGUUCUGAAAGCUCCUGCAUCUGCUAAAAUCAUUGGCAAAAGAAACAAAAAACAUCUUCAGCCUAAUUACUCUGAAUUGGUUGUUGGAAAUAAUGAUGAAAGUGCUGAGCAAAAUAUUGAGAAGCAGGGCAGUUAUAUUGCCUUGGCUGAGAAUUAUGCAAAAAAUACAUUUGCAGGUAUUAUUUCUGCAGAAAUGGAUGUUCUGAAAGCUCCUGCAUCUGCUAAAAUCAUUGGCAAAAGAAACAAAAAACAUCUUCAGCCUAAUUACUCUGAAUUGGUUGUUGGAAAUAAUGAUGAAAGUGCUGAGCAAAAUAUUGAGAAGCAGGACAGUUAUAUUGCCUUGGCUGAGAAUUAUGCAAAAAAUACAUUUGCAGGUAGUAUUUCUGCAGAAAUGGAUGUUAUGAAAGCUCCUGCAUCUGCUAAAAUUGUUGGUAAAAGAAACAAAAAACAUCUUCAGCCCAAUUACUCUGAAUUAGCUGUUGGAAAUAAUGACAAAAGUGCUGAGCCCACUGUUGAGAAACAGCACAGUGAUAUUGCCUUGGAUGAGAAUUAUGCCCAAAAUGGAUUGGCAGCUAAUACAAAGGAAAGUGUAGAAGUUUCUGCUACAAAUUUAUUUAUAAUGAAGGUACUUGGAAAGAAAAUUGAUCCAGUGUCACCACACACAUUCGAGCUUUCAGGAAUGCAGGGGGAUUCACAUAAAAAUCAUAACUUAGAAGGUAGUAGACAAACAAAUGAUGGGGACUAUAACAACUCAGUUGAUAUAUUAGUUAAAAGAAAAGCCUUCCAUGGCCUCAAACAUACCUCUGAAUAUGAUUGUCACACGUUACCUGAAUUUGGCAGACCAGUGGAGUCACCUAGUUAUUCUCUUACAAUCUCUAAAUUCAAACCAAAAAUUACAUCUUCUAAGAUCGUUGUGGAUAAAGAUGAGAUUAUAGAACAGUGUCCACCUACUCUGGCUGCACUUCAGCAAGAGGCAACAUCUAACAUGUUAAAAGUAACUCAUAAAGAGAAACAAACGUAUCAGUCAGAUAACCCCAUUGCUCACCAGCCAAGAGUUUCAGAUCAUGAGAGUGAGGAAACUAAGUGUAAGGAAAGAAAGAAAUGUUAUAAUAGUGUUUGUGACAACACUCUGUCAUCAGAUUUAACAUUUGAUCCAGACAAUGUACCACAUUCAACAAUGGUGAAAUCAAGCAGUAAGAAGGAACAUCCACCUUCUGCCAUGCGCAAAAUAGAGACUAAAACGAGAAGGAGCCUGGCAGCUUCAUUUCUGGAGUUAGCGCAUGUUUCCACAGAAAGUAGUGAAACAGUUAGUUCAGGGACAGAGAAGGCAGGUAUCAGAAAUAAUAAUUUCACAUUAAAUGGCAGGGAAAGUGGAAAUGAACCAACUAUUGAAAGUAAAAUAAAUGACAAUGGAAUGAAACACAGUGAAUUAGAAACAAAUGAGCAUCACUCAAAUACUGUAAGAAAAGAUGCCAGUUUUGCUAACAAAAUUCCUGUGCCAGAAAACUUAGAUGCUGUGUCAGACCACAAACCCAUUACAGAAAGCAUUCCCUCAAAUGUUUUGAAUUUCCUAACAUCAAACUACAGGACAUCAGAACAGUCUGCUGGUGAUAAUGAUGUUAGUCAAGUGUUCGGACAUAUGAGAAACAAAACUAAAAGCUUGGCAAAAAGUAGAUCCAUAAAUUCUCAAGACGAAUUAAUCAAUGCAGACAGUAAAAAUGAGAAGAAAAAGCAAGGAAACAAUAAAAGUGUUCCUGGUGAACUUGCAAACUCUCCUGAUCAUAUUGUAUUCCAAAAAAUAAUUAAGCCUCAAAAUAUGGGGUGUGAUACCAAACAGAGUGUAUCUUUGCCUGGUAUGGGAAGCAUUUCUUCAUACUCUACUAGUAAAGCACAAGAAAAGUGUGACAAUCAUGCUGAAAUUGACCAGAUAUCUCCGUUUAACACAUUUGCUCAGAAAAUUUGUAAUUCAGAAGUUGAAGAGCUUAAUCUGAGAAAGAGUGACAAAGCAAGUUUGAGAGCUGAGAGGAGAAAGUCUUCAAAUUAUUCUUAUGUGGCAGUUUCAUCUAGUAAAUUGAUUGAGACAGAUGUCUCAACUAGCAAAAAAGGCAGUAACGUGAGGAGUAUCACCAAAAUGACAGAUGCUUCCAUAGAAAAUAAAACAGAUUAUGCUGUAGCACCUAAUUUUAGUGAGGAACACUGUACAUCGAAAGGAACACCAGAAUUAAGAGAAUUAUCUUCUCCUUCUCUGUCGGCAUCUCAUAUAAAUAAAACAUCUCACAAGGAAAACUUCUCCUUGAGCAUUAAAAACAGCAGUGAAGUAAGAAAAAAUGUGAACAAAAAUUCAGCAGCUAACAAUGUGUCAAAUGCUAAAAUUGUUAUCUCAGAUUCACCUCGUUUCUCUAAAGCAAAUAAUGGUAAAGGGCAUGAUGAGUACUUGAAAGACAGUUUCCACAGAAACAGACAAACCGAAAAUGAGAAACAAAGUUUUACUGACACCCAACCACAACUGACAGAUGAUGAUGAUGCAAAUGGUGCAGAAGGAGAGACAUCAAUGGUUAUCGGAGGGUUAAGAGAAUUGACUACACCACCUCGCUCAGCAUCUCAGAUAAAUACAUCUCACAAGGAAAACUUCUCGCCGAACACUGAAAACAGCAGUAAAGUGAGAAGUAAGGAAAACAACAAAAAUUCAAUAGUUAGCCCUCUUUCGAAUGCUAAAAUAAUUCACUCAGUUUCAUCUGGUCUGUCUAAUGCAAAUAAUGAUAAAACGCCAAAUGAUGACCACUUCAAAGACAGUAUAAAUAGAAACAGCCAAACGAGAAGUGAGAGACGAAGUUAUGCGGACAACCAUCCACAACCAGUGGUAGAUAAUGAUGCAGAUGGUACAGAGGAGGAGAGACCAGUGGUUAACACAGCGCCUCUAGAGGAAAGUAAAUGUAUUAUUCACCAGAAAAAAUCGGAUCUCAGGCAAACUCAUGGUAAACCAACAGUACAUGCUCGUUUCUUGAUUGACGGUGAACCGUAUCACAAACCUAAACUGGCACGUCCAAAGCCUUGGAUUAAUCAGAGAUUUUAUAAUCAUAUUUUACCAAAAUUUGACAGAAAAUUUGGUCUUAAUAGUAGUGUAAAGUGUGAAGAGUUUGUAAAAGUACUUUGUACCGAAGUUACGGCUUGCAUUCGUGAAAGAAAAAAUUGGGAUGUACAUGUAUACAGUGUACAAAAGUUACUCAGAAAAUACUUAUCAGUAAACACUUAUGCACACUUCCUUAUAUUUGGGGAAAAAUAUUUACCAGAUGAGUUUAUUUUCAAGGUGGGUCUGACAUAUGAAAAGCAUUAUAGAAAUAAAUGAGAAUAAUUGCAUUUGUUGAUGUAUAAUAGACUAAUUACUGUAAGUCUGAGGAUUUUUGAGUACCAGAUCAAAAUAAGGAGUGGCCAGUGGUUGUGUGGUCAAAUCUCAUAAGUGUUAUCUCAAAGGAAUUAGUCAAUUAAGAGGAAAAUUGUGUCCUGGUAUCAUUCUUGGGUCUAAUUUGUUAAUAACAAUUCUAAACUGUAUAUUAUUUAACAUAUUUUAUAUGUUAAUUAAUCAUAACAGUAAGUAUAUAAUACCUCAUUGGUUCUAUAUGUAUGUAAAUAGAGUCAUAAAAAUAUUUAUUUACAUUGUACAUUUAUAACAAUUGUUAAUACAUUUAACACUGUAUGUGCCCAUUCACUUGAAUUAAAAAUUACUGUAGUUAUUUAUAUUAUAUACAAAUAUUGUUUCAGAUGCAUUGUAUAGUGCAAGAUUUUGUGAUGUAUUAUAUUAUGAAUACUAAUACUGAGCUGUCACGUACAUGACAAGGGAGUGGUCAAGACGUGUCAUAAGCAGUCCUGUGUUGAAAUUUAUGUUAGUAAAUUUUCCAGAAAAAUCCAUGUGCAAUAUUUCAGCUGUUGGCUUGCACUGGAAGCUGCUAAAAAAUGAUGAAAAAUGACUUUUCACAUGUGGGUUCUGCACCUGAGACUAUCUAAGCAUACAUCCCUGAAAUCCAUGGAACCCACAGAAAGUGGUCUCUGGGAUUUGGAAAGAGGUUAGAUAUGCAUUGCACAUAAUUAAAUUGUGAUACAGUGAAAUGACUUUACUAUUUCAGUGCCAAUUUUAACUAUAAACUUAACAUUAUGAACUAAAACAUUAAAUUUGAGUUUCUCUGCAGGUAUUCUUCAGUGGAGUAGAAAUAGUUGCCUAACAGAAAGUUCUUUCACUCUUCAGCUCCACCAGCUGAUUAGAUGACAUUCAAUGUGCUCUGGUUGUUGAUAGUGUAUGUACCCAAGUACCUGUAAAUUACGUCUGUGAUCUAUGUGUAGUUCUAAAAUGUAACAAUACAUUCUGCUUCUUGGA